CAAAUUUGCCCCCUGCAAUCCAGAACGCAAUCAUGUCGACGCCAAUGACUCUUGAUGACAAGCUCAAUCGCUCGCUCGGCGAUCUGAUCACCGACUCGCGCAAGGCCAAGCAGGCAGCCAACAAGAAGAAGGCGUCCGCGACCAAGGCUGCCGGCGGUGCCAAGAAGGUCGCUGCAGGGAACAAGGCCGGCGGUGCUGCCAAGAAGGGUGCUGCGAAGGGCGCCAAGAGCCCCGCCAAGCAGCCCCAAGCCAAGCAGCAGCAGCAGCAGCAACAGCAGAACACCAAGAACACUGCCGUCAAGGCCAAGGCGCGCCAGACAAUCCAGGCCAACCAAGCGAACGCCCGCGAUCGCCAGCGAAACGCCAAUCGCCCUGGUCUCAACGACGACAAGCCGUCCACCCCUGUCAAGAGGUCGGGCAAGAAGGCUCAGUCGCCGGCCAAGAAGGCCCAGUCGCCCGCCAAGAAGGUUGUCGCUGGCGGCAAGCGUGGCACCACCAUCACUCCGAAGAAGUCUCAGACUCCAGUGCGUGCGCAGCAGCCAAUCACUGCAACCACUCCUGUGAUGCUGAUUCCCGUGCCCGUCGGUGGCAUGGGCGCGAUGGGCGGCCUUGUCAGCCCGCAGCUAAUUCAGGCGGCCCAACUGGCCAAGCCCGCUUUCAGCCUGCCGUCCAGGCCUGCUCAGAAGGCCGCAUCGCCCAAGCAGUCCCCCAAGCAGCAGCGACAGCCCCGACAGCAAGCAAACAAGCCGCAAAAGCUGCAAAAGCAGCAAAAGCAGCCACAGCAGUCGCCCAGGGCCAACCCUGCUUCGCCUCGUGCCAUGCAACAGCAGCCAAUCUUCAUGAUGCCGAUGCCCUUCGCCAUGGCUGCUCAACAGGCUGCCGCUGGUGGUCGCCGAAACAUGCGCCGCUAAGCAAAACAAGUCCGAGGUUGCGCCAGUGUUUGGAAGUCGGUGUGUGUUUUUGUUUCCGUGUCUUCUACAAUGUGUGUCUGUUGCUUCAGUUGCUUUUUGUGUGCGUGUGCAGUCAAUGCCUUUGGAAAUCCCGUGUUUGUUGUUGUUGGUUUGAUCAAAUUCAAGCAAAAUCGCUACUUGCUCUCACAAGUUGUCCUCGCCUCUCGCUGUGACUCUAUCUCAGUCUCUUAUGAGCACUUUUUGCC